GGGGGCGCGCGCGCGCACUGGGAGCGCGCUCGGAGGCGAGUGGAACUGGAUCGGGUUUGCUGCCAGCGGCGUGAGCUUCGGCCGCCAUUUUACAACAGCUCCACUCGCGCCGGACACAGGGAGCAGCGAGCACGCGUUCCCCGCCACCCGACCCGGUCGGACAGGAUUCCUCGGCCGCAGCCCCGCGGGGAGAUCUCUGGAAACAUGGCUACAGAACAUGUUAAUGGAAAUGGUACUGAAGAGCCCAUGGAUACUACUUCUGCAGUUAUCCAUUCAGAAAAUUUUCAGACAUUGCUUGAUGCUGGUUUACCACAGAAAGUUGCUGAAAAACUAGAUGAAAUUUACGUUGCAGGGCUAGUUGCACAUAGUGAUUUAGAUGAAAGAGCUAUCGAAGCUUUAAAAGAGUUCAAUGAAGACGGCGCAUUGGCAGUACUUCAACAGUUUAAAGACAGUGAUCUCUCUCAUGUUCAGAACAAAAGUGCCUUUUUAUGUGGAGUCAUGAAGACUUACAGGCAGAGAGAGAAACAAGGGACCAAAGUAGCGGACUCUAGUAAAGGACCAGAUGAGGCAAAGAUUAAGGCACUCUUGGAAAGAACAGGCUACACACUUGAUGUGACAACCGGACAGAGGAAGUAUGGGGGACCACCUCCAGAUUCUGUUUAUUCAGGUCAGCAGCCUUCUGUUGGCACUGAGAUAUUUGUGGGGAAGAUCCCCAGAGAUCUAUUUGAGGAUGAGCUUGUUCCAUUAUUUGAGAAAGCUGGACCUAUAUGGGAUCUUCGUUUAAUGAUGGACCCACUCACUGGUCUCAACAGAGGUUAUGCGUUUGUCACUUUUUGUACAAAAGAAGCAGCACAAGAGGCUGUUAAACUGUAUAAUAAUCAUGAAAUUCGUUCCGGAAAGCACAUUGGUGUCUGCAUCUCAGUUGCCAACAAUAGGCUUUUUGUGGGCUCUAUUCCUAAGAGUAAAACCAAGGAACAGAUUCUUGAAGAGUUUAGUAAAGUGACAGAGGGUCUCACAGAUGUCAUUUUAUAUCACCAACCGGAUGACAAGAAAAAAAACAGAGGCUUUUGCUUUCUUGAAUAUGAAGAUCACAAAACAGCUGCCCAGGCAAGGCGUAGGUUAAUGAGUGGUAAAGUCAAAGUCUGGGGAAAUGUUGGAACUGUUGAAUGGGCUGAUCCCAUAGAAGAUCCUGAUCCUGAAGUUAUGGCAAAGGUAAAAGUGCUGUUUGUACGCAACCUUGCCAAUACUGUAACGGAAGAAAUUUUAGAAAAGUCAUUUAGUCAGUUUGGGAAACUGGAACGAGUGAAGAAGCUAAAAGAUUAUGCUUUCAUUCAUUUUGAUGAACGAGAUGGUGCUGUCAAGGCUAUGGAAGAAAUGAAUGGUAAAGACUUGGAGGGAGAAAAUAUUGAAAUUGUUUUUGCUAAGCCACCAGAUCAGAAAAGGAAAGAAAGAAAAGCUCAGAGGCAAGCAGCAAAGAAUCAAAUGUAUGAUGAUUACUACUAUUAUGGUCCACCUCAUAUGCCCCCCCCAACAAGAGGUCGAGGGCGUGGAGGUAGAGGUGGCUAUGGAUAUCCUCCAGAUUAUUAUGGAUAUGAAGAUUAUUAUGAUUAUUAUGGCUAUGAUUACCAUAACUAUCGUGGUGGAUAUGAAGAUCCAUACUAUGGUUAUGAAGAUUUUCAAGUUGGAGCUAGAGGAAGGGGUGGUAGAGGAGCAAGGGGUGCUGCUCCAUCCAGAGGUCGUGGGGCUGCUCCUCCCCGUGGUAGAGCCGGUUAUUCACAGAGAGGAGGCCCUGGAUCAGCAAGAGGCGUUCGUGGUGCGAGAGGAGGUGCCCAACAACAAAGAGGCCGCGGGCAGGGAAAAGGGGUCGAGGCCGGUCCUGACCUGUUACAAUGAAGACUGACUUGCUAUGUGGGAUUACACCAGAAGCUUGCAGUGGAGUAAUGUUUUAUUUCUGGCAAAUAAAAUUUCUUUGAAGACUGGAAAAUGAGAUUGAAGUACCAAAUAAUUCAGGAGAGGGGAAGAAGAAAAUGAUCUCUUGAUAAAAUUUGCAUUUAGAUUACUACAAAUGAGUUUAUGUGAAUGAACUCUGCUCCAUUGCAUAUUAAAGUCAGUGGCCUCGUACAGGACUUGGAAAGAAGUCAAAAGGAUUUGGGUAGACAGGCCAUUACUACAGAUUGCUGAGUAAAAUAAGACUCCUAACAGUAAUACACGAUUUAUGGGAAAAUUAGAUUCUACAUGGCAUCUCACAGAAAUCCUGACAUUCCUUUGUCUUGGGGAUCAUUUAAUGGUGGUAACUUUAAAAUGAGAUGAAAUUUGAGUAGUUGUGACAUUUAUGAAAUAGAGGUAUUGUACUAUUUGAAGGGCAAAUUUGCCAAACAUGAAGGCAUAUAUAUCAUUAUUUAAAACCUAAAGAGAAUAUCAGAAUUUAUAUUGGCUAUAGAAUAGUCAGCCAUACCAGGUGGUGCAUCUUACAAUCCCAGCUAUACAGGUUGAGGCAGAAGCUUGAAGAGGUAGGAGCUCCACUUGUAAUUGCUUGAAAUUAUUUAAUAUGCCAUGAUGAAUUAGAAAAGGGUAUACAUUACUUGUUCUCACUUAUUUUGAAUGUCCCUCGGGACAAAAACGUAAGAGAACAAAAGCUAAGUUCAUGUAUAUGUUUGUAUAUUACACUUACCUUCUGUUCUACAGUCAACGUGUAUGUAUAGUGUAGUAUUGGGUAAUAGAGUUUACUUUUUUUUUCCUUUUGAAAUAGUACUCACAUGUUAGUAAAAAAAUUAUUUCUUGAGAGUGCUUCAGAAUUAUUAAGGGCAAAAGCAUUACUUUAAAUUUUACCAUGCCUUCUGAUGUUAUAUUUAUUUUUAUAAAAUUAAACAAAUUUUAGCGGACUUAUUGGGUUCCUGAAAAUCCAUUUAGCGUUUAGGAGCAUCAAGUAAAGUAAAGGCUUUAGAGAGAAGAUACUAGAAUCAUUCAGUUUCUAUGACUUACUGUUUUUUGAUCAGUUUGCUUAAGUUGCCUAGUUAUGAUCAUGUUUAUUUUAUUUUAGCCUGGAAGCUAAAAUAGAAUGGAAGCUCCUUGAGGGCAGGGCAUCUGAGUAAUGGUGCUAUGCAGGCAGAUCAAAAACAAUCUUAAGCACUUUUCCCUUUGUAGAUAUUCAGGUAAUUUGUUGUAUUGUUAAAUUCAUUUAGAAUCCUUUUAAAUGCUAACAUGAUGUUGCCAUCCUACAAAUUAAGGUUAUGAAUUUCCAUAUUUAAAUUGUCAAUAUGACUUUACAAAAAUUAUGAAUAGUGUUACCUUCAGUUGCAGGACCAGAUGUAGUACGAUUUAAAUGCUUUAUGUCUUUUAUAAAUUUUCAAAUAUUUGUGUGAAAGUCACUAUUUACAUUUUCCUAAUUUGAAAUUGGAGGGGAAAAGAAUGCUUAAACGUCAUCCUUAGCAGUGACCCUCUGAAAAUCCAUUUUAUCAAUUUUCUUUCACGAUAGUGUUCAGUUUAAGUGUAUUAUGCUACAGAAAACUCUUCAUGUUUAUUUAUGAAGUAUUGGUACUGAUUUUAAUAGUUUCUAUACUUUUAAAUAUAACUUGGUAAAAAAUAGCUACAUCUACAUGAAUAGCCUUUCUAAUCUACCAAGUGAUAGGAAAAGAAAGUUAGAUCAUAAAGAGACUUUAGUUUUGAGUAAAGAUGGUAUUCAUGUUUAUUGUGUUUAUAAUUGACAGUUUAUCUUGAAUAGUACUAUUUCCUUUGGUACUGAAGAUGGAAUUCAUGACCUUACAUAUAUGAAGUCUGCACUCGGCACCCACUCUCACUGAUAAUAACAUAAAACUUCUUGGAGAGCACUUAAAUAGCACAGGAUAUGAAUCCUAUAUUCCAGUGCCCAACUUCAGCAGUUCUAGUAGGGAUGUUUAACCUCUUUGUUUUUGUUUUUAGGACAAGGUUUCUCUGUAGCUCUGUCUGCCCUAGAAUUCACCUGUGGACCAGGCUGGCCUUAAAAAUCAGAUCUACCUGCUUCUGUCUCCUCUAAGUGCUGGGAUUAAAGAUGUACAUCACCAUGCCUGGCUUUUUUUUUUUUUUUUUUAAAUCUCUUUUAAUUACUAUGUCUAAACAGUAUUUCCCCUUUGUUGAAGAAUUUUGCUCAUGCUAGUUAUGUGCUUAUUGUUACUGCUAGAAAAAACACAUGUUGAGCUUAAAGUACACAUCUGUAAUGUCAGCCCUCAGGCUUAGACAGGAUUGAAUUGACAUGAUACCAUCCUGGAGGAUAUAGUGAGGCACAAAAGCAAAAGUAUGGCCUAAAGUAAGUAAACAGCACAGAAUACUUUGCUUUGCCUUCAUCUUGUAAUUACUUUUUUGGUUUUACUUUUGUCUUUUUUUAAUGUCAGAACUGUUGACACUGUUAUUUACCUUGUCAGUAGACUGAAGAUAGUCAAAACAGUAUAGUAUAUAAUGUACAAUUCUACUUUGCCAAAAUAGGUCCGACCCUUAAUGUAUCACCAUUUGUCUAGGUAGAUGCCUUUGCAGUUACUAAAGAGCUGUGACUUGAUUUUUUCGCCCUUCUCUUGAGUUUCUGGUUACCUUUAUAAGGAUAACCUUCUUGGUGGCUUCUCAUUACUCACUUGUCUAAUACAUUGUGAGAUUUUUUUUUUUUUUUUUAAAUUAAACUGUACUGCCGAAUUCCGUAGCUAGUGCUUCAGUUCCAUUUGAAUUUUUUUUCAGGUUUUACUUUGAGAAAUGCUUCAUGACCUUGAAACACUUAUUCAUGGGGGAAGGUAACUAUUAUACCUUGCUCUUGUUUGAUAGUCGGGAAUCAUUUUUUUCCCUCAACUUCAGAGAUACUUGGAUACAUUUAAUUUUAUUUAAGCAGUUUCAUUCAGACUCUCCAACCUCUUUGCAGGAUUCAAGUAUAGGUCCUAACUUACUCCCCUUUAUGGAAUAGUCUUGACUCUCUCAGUUGGCUUAUUUUGCUUUCACCAUCAAGUGUUGAGUUUGUUACUGAGAGUUUACACACACACACACACACACACACACACACACACACUUUGGAGAUAGAGGCUGGUCAAGAACUAUAUAGACCAGACUGGUCAAGAACUCAGAUCUUCUGCCUCUCCCUCCUGAUUGCUGGAAUUAAAAGUCAGUGCCACCAUGCCUUGUCUGUAUUGGGUUUUUGUUUCUUUUUGUUUUUUUAUAUAGUAGAGUUGAAUUUACUAAAAUAUUUUUAUUCAGUUUUUAAGCAUGAAGAUUAAGACACAGGUACUCUGAAAGUAAGAUAAUCUAGAGGCAGAUGUGGGAUUUCAAGUGCACUGUCUAGGUCAGUCUUAUAUUUUAAAUUAUAAGAGGGGCCUCACUGUCUUAAAUCAGACCAUAGCUGUUCACAGGUUCUAAUUCACUACUGAUCAAGAAAGACCUGUGGUGAGUCCCUUCUCUUGUGAGGUCACCACCUUUGCAAUAUCUACAGAUGUAUAAUUAAUAUAGUGUAGUCAGCUGUGGACUUCUGGACUCAACCAUUGAUUAAUCUUAAAUGGGAGAAUUUUGAGUUGAUAAUAUCCAGUAAGUUGAAAAAGAGUCCACCUGGUUAUUUUUAUGCUUCUAGUUUUUCUUUUGUUUGAUGGUUACUUAUUUGUAUUUAUGAGAGAAAUACUGAUAAAUUUUGUUAAUCCAUUGAGAUAGCUAACUGCAAAUCCUCUGAGGAAAAAAAAUCACUAUUCAGGUUUUGUUUUCAGAUUAGGAGCAGAGAAAAAUAACACUUAAUGAUAGGACUCAUGAACACUUAGACAGUAUUCACUUUUGAUUAGUCAUAGACCUUAAAAAGUGGUUUUACGGGGCUGGAGAGAUAGCUCAGAGGUUAAGAGCACUGGCUCUUCUUCCAAAGGUCCUGAGUUCAAUUCCCAGCAACCACAUGGUGGCUCACAACCAUCUAUAAUGAGAUCUGAUGCCCUCUUCUGGCCUGCAGGGCAUGCAGGCAGAAUACUGUAUACAUAAUAAAUAAACAAACAAAUCUUUAAAAAAAAAAAAAGUGGUUUUACAACUCUCACCCCAGUUUUCUCCCUUCCUACUUUUUCAAACCAAGAGGCCUUGCCUUUUGCCUCCCUUGGAAAAUGCAAUUGUAUGUAUAGUUCAGUAAGUACAAAGUAUGUAGGAGCUUCAGUUCUAUAACUUUUGCAGGAGAAAAAUCUUUAUUUUCUGUGUAGUUGGGUGUAAAUGCUGAAUUUUAAAAUCGAAAUGGCUAGUAGAGUACAUCAUGGAAAGUACUACUAGAUUUAUUAAGAUAUCUCAUCUUACAAUCACUUUAUAGUUAUCUCUAGGGAGAUCUGGGCAUGGUAGUGAAUGCAGAGGCAGAUGGAUCAGGUGACCAGCCUGAUAUGCAGAGAACGUUUUAGAACAGCCAGGACUAGACAGAAAAACUGUCUCAAAACCAAAAAUCAACUACCAGUGCUGAAUCUUGGUGCAUGCCUAUAAUCCCAAUACCUGUACAAUAGGAGGUUAACCUGGGGUACAUGGAAAGACUGAACUUAAAACUAGCACCUAGAAUGUUUAAAUAUAUCCUAAAGGACAUUUUAUUACACAGAUUGGUACUUCACUAAGCAAAGCAGAUUAUUUUGAAGUGUCUAGAAAUAAGACCAAAGGUUCAGAACAUUUUAACAUAGGGUUUCACAAUAUUUAGAAAAGCACUGAGUUGUUUCUUUUACAUUUUGCAACUUUCAUAUUUUACCAGAUAAUGAGGCUUCAGUUUUUUGCUGUUGCAGGUAGCUUUCAGAUUUGAUAUUUUGGGAUUUGAUUAGUGCUCUUUUGUCUUCUCUGGAAUAUGUUUAUUUAUAUUGCUCUUACACUGAUUAAAGAGUAAUCCCUUAAUUUUUUUUUUCUUUAAACCUGGACAUUUUUAAGGUUAUUCUUGGGACUUCCAGAUCAUUAAGUUAGGGUUAUGAUACUAAAUACUGAUUUUUAUUUUACUGAAUUAAGAUUUUUGAAUAUAAAAAUCUCAUUGCUAAUAGAACUUACUCAUUCUUCCAUAAAGCUCAGUUAGCUCAGUCUGUAGGUGUACAUACACCAGGAAACUAAAGAGGGAACUUGGAUAUCUGACAGUUGGACUGGUGUAUUUAUAUUCAUAGGGAUUCUCAUUCUCCGACUGAUUGGCCUAUACUUUCAUUUCUCACACAAACUGACAAUAUACAGGUUGAUUAAGCAAAAUACUUGAUUGCUUCUAAAUAGUCAUGGUUCCAAUGAAUUAAAUAAUUCCCACCAACUUGAGUAUUUUUAGGUGAAAUCAGUAAAACCUUUUAGUCAUCGGAACCAUUAGAAGCAGCUAUGUAUAGUUACAUACUUAAUUCCCAAACUCGAGUCUUCAUGCCUGCUGAAGACAACAUGGUAUUAAAUUGAUAGUGUAGUGUUCAUAUUCUGUGACAUGUAGCUUCUUGCAUUUUAAUCAGACUUCCUGCCUAAUCUUUUUAUGCUUUUUAUUGGGAAGGCUAUUCAUUAAUCAGCAUGAACUUGUACAUUGCUGUUCCCUUGUUGCUCUUCAGGGAAAGAGUUUUUCAGUAAGGAAGCUAAUAUCUAGUCCUUUUUAAAGGAAAAUGAUCAAGCCAUAGAGCAUUGCUGUUACUUCUAAAUUUCCUAAAUUGCUGUGAUAAUGUUUGAGUUGGGAGUUGACAUGUCAUGUAAAUGCCAGCUAAUAUUCUUAUAGAAAUUGUGUAUUUUAAUUUCUAGGAUAUGUUUAUUUCAAAUAUGAGGUUGUAGACAAUUUUCAUGAAAUACAAUGGUGAUAAUUUAUUGAGCCUGAUCUGGAAAUUUAAGGCUGAACCUCUCAUUUCAUUUUGUCUUUGAGACCGAGUCUCACUAUAUAGCCCUGCUUAGCCUGGAUCCCUCUGUUUAGACCAAGCUGUGCUGGAAUCCACAAGAGAUUUGACAUCCUCUGUGCUGGGACUAAAUACGUAUGCUAGCAUACCUGGACCAACCUUUAUUUUUUUGGUAAUUAGGAUGUUUCUAAACAAAUAUAGGUUAAACAACACCUCCAAGUUAACAUGCUCUGUCCCAAAAAUAUCAGUAACUGCUCCCCUCACACAGAAUAAACAAUGUCUAUUGAAACUUAUCAUACUCAAUAAUUUGAGCUGUACCUGUUUCUGCUGAGUUUUCUAGUAUUAGAGUGAUGGACAUUUAAGUGUGGUUUCUUCUCACUAAUUUUUUCGUAGCUAUUAACAGGAUGUUUGCAUCCUUACACAAAACCUGGGUAUUUGUGAAAGCUUUUUAGCCUUUGUAGUGUUUCCUUGUUACUGAAAUCAGUCUUGAACCACCCCCACACUUUUUCCCUCAUCUCCCAGCACACACCUUUAAUCCCAGCACUCAGGAGGCAGAGGCAGGCGGAUCUCUGAGUUUGAGGCCAGCCUGGUCUACAAAGACAAGAAACCUUGUCUU